GUUAAAUCAUAAAAUAAUCAACUUCUCAUUCUCAUCCCUUUCAUCAAACUACAAUCUCAACACUUUAAAACCAACCCAUCACUUCAAAACCAACCCAUCACUCAAACCCAACCAACACUUCAAACCAAACCAAAUACUCAAAUCAAACUCAACACUCAAAUCAAAUCCAACACUCAAAUCAAUCAUGGGAGCACAAGAAUCUCACUUUUCUCAAGACGGAUCCAAUUCAUCUGCCUUACGUGGUAUCAAAGGUUACCACGUCUUAAGAGUAGCAGAUUCAUCACCAGCAUCUGAAGCCGGGAUCGAACCUUUCUUUGAUUACAUUGUAGGAAUCGGUGGUCAAUCUAUCACCGAAGACGGUGAUUUACUGACCAAUUGGUUAGAUCAAUCUGAAGGAAAACCAAUCGUACUUCAAGUUUAUAGUUCUAGACGUCAAGAAGUUAGAAAUAUACGCGCUUUACCCAAUCGAAAAUGGUCAAUGAGUCCAACAAAUGAUUCAAAACCUUCACUCUUGGGUCUUUCUUUAAGACUAUGUAGUCCUGAAAACGCUUUAGAAAAUGUAUGGCAUAUUCUAGAUAUCAUUGAAGGAUCUCCUGCUCAAGAUGCAGGUUUGGUACCUUUUGGUGAUUGGGUUAUCGGUUAUGCUGGUGGGAUCUUGAGAGGAGAGAAUGAUUUUUAUAGGGUUGUAGAAGAGCAUGAAGAAAGACCUCUUCGAUUGUUUGUUUAUAAUGCUGAUUAUGAGGUCACACGAGAAGUAGUGAUCAUUCCGAACCGCUCAUGGGGAUCAGGAGAAGGUUUAUUAGGAUGUUCAAUAGGAUUCGGAUUAUUACAUCGAAUUCCGAAAACGACGACUUCAACCACUGCACCAUCUUCAUUAAUUCCAAAUGCACAAGAAAUUUAUAAUUCAACUAAUCCAAAUCAACAUUAUUCAAAUCGAAUGAUAGAAGAAGAUGAAGAUGAAAGGAAACUAUUAAAAGAAAUCAAUAAAACUUCAUCUAUUAAUUUUUCAUCACCUAUACCUAUCAUUAAUGAUCGAUCGACUUCUAAUUCACCUAUUAGAGAUUCAUCUGUUUCGAAUUCGAAUUCUCCUUCUUCUCCUUUAACUUCUUUUAAUUUAAAUCAAGUUAAUAAAUCAAGUUUUAAUGUUCAUAAUGGAAAUGGAAAUGGAAAUGGGAUUUCGUCUUCUUUAUCUUCUAACUUUGGGAGAAAUUUAGCGGGGUCUGUGAUUGAAGAAGAAGAAGAUGAAAAUUGAAGUUGAGAAAUAAGAAUGGAAAGUUUUGGUUUCAGAAGAAAGAAAGAUCGUGGGAAGCAUUUGAUGAUUAUUGGAUUGCUGGAUUUUUUUCCUUUUUUUUUUGGAUUUGGAUUUGUAUAUCAUUGAUGGAUUUUCUAUCUCUACUGAACAAGAGAGAAAAUAAGUUUUUUUUUCUCUUUUGGUUUGGGUUUCUUUUCUUUGUUCGUUUUUUUCCUUCUUACAUCAGUUUUUUUUAACGUUGAUUUUUCGAAAAACAACAGAUCAGUUUCAAGAGAAGGGACUCAAACCCAACACACCAAAAAAGACAAUCUUUGCUACAUUUCAAUCCAAUUUAAAUUUGAUUUUAUAUUUCUUUUUUUUUGGUUUUGUAUUGAUUUUGAUUAUGAUUGUGAUUUUUUUUUGGUUAUAAGAGAUCAACAUUUUUCAAAAACCUGAAUCUCUUUUUUUUGUAAAUAUACAACCACUUGUAAUUUGUUUUUUUUUGAAAAGUGUUGGUCAGAUGAUGAUGAUGAAGUAGUGAUGUUGUUGUUUUGUGUUUUCAUGUGAUUCCAAGGGUUUCUUUUGACUCACUUUGUACAUAUAUAUCCCAAUUUGAUUACAUUUGAUUUCCAAAGAAAAGGUCUUUUGUUGU